AUGACAUCUCCAAAAAAGGCCACCCGUAGAUACGAUGCUCUCGCACCGAGCGGCUCAGGAGUAUUUGGCUUCCCCUCAGCUUCAGCUUCGGCAUCCGGGCCAUCGUCAAACCCCACAGCUGGACCUAGCUCCAGUACCGGCAAUGAGCAUCUUUUGCCCGACCUUCCGAUCGACGACGCUCGCAGCAGCCUCAUAGACAGAGCGCCCUCUCUCAAGUCGCCAGAACCGACACACCAGCCCGUUCCCACACAUACAAAUCUCGAAACAGCAGUGCACAGCUCAGGUCCGCCACCGUGGCCCACAAUCACGUACAAACACCUGCUCUCUGCAGGCACCCUCAACCCGACCAACCCGCUCCGUGUCGUAGCCCACUGCGAUGUGGAUGCGGCGUAUGCUCAGUUCGAGGCAUCUCGUCUCGGUCUCGAUGCCACUGUUGUACCCAUAGCCGUGCAGCAGUGGCAAGGUCUCAUCGCGGUCAACUAUCCAGCUCGCGAUGCCGGCGUUUCGCGUUUCGAGAGUAUCCCCGAGGCUCUCAAGAAGUGUCCGGAUCUACAUCUCGUCCACGUCGCCACCUACGCACACGGCAGCAACAAGGCAGACUACCAUCCCGAUCCCAAACCCGAAACGCACAAAGUCAGUCUCGACCCGUACCGCAGAGAGAGCACCAAGAUCCUUGCCAUCUUCAAAAAGACUUGUCCGCAUGGAGCGGUGGAAAAGGCGAGCAUCGACGAGUCGUACUUCGACCUCACGAUCGAGGUGCGCAAGCUCAUGAUCGAGAGGUUUCCGCAUCUGGCACAUCCGCCUGCCGACGAUCCUGCGACAGGGAUCAAGGGAAUGGAUCAACCUCUGCCGACACCGCCACGUCUGGGGUUGAAGCAGUGGAAGCAGCUUGGAUAUGUGGUGCCCAAGACGGGAGAUGUGGGAAAGGCUACAGGGAUAGGAAGGCCGGAGAAGGCGGUGGCGAAAGGAGCGCUGUUGGUGGAUGCUCCGAUCGGGGCCGGUAUUGUAUCAGCCCCGCUACCCGACCUGCCGAACGAGGCUACUAAGCAAGCAGUGGACGACGGCACUCCAAAUCCCGGACAGCCGAAAGACAAGCAGUCACCACCAUCUUGGGGUACGGAUCAAGAUCGCCUCACAGAUCCGUCUUCGAGUCAACCCGACGACCUCGACUCGGAAGCGGCGCUGUGGGAUCGCAUCGAGUACGGCGAGACCACCUGGACAGACGUCGCGCUCGCUCUCGGCGCUGAACUCAUGAAUCGCGUGCGGCAGAAUGUGCUCGACGAACUCGGCUACACCACGUCAGCAGGCAUCGGUUCCAACAAGACGCUCUCCAAGCUCUGCUCGUCUUGGCGCAAGCCCAACGGUCAGACCAUCAUGCGUCCCUGCUCCGUUGCCAACUUCUUCUCGUCCCUACCGUUCCAGAAGAUCCGAUUUUUGGGAGGGAAGCUAGGCACUGCGAUGGGCGCCGAAUGGAACUCGGCCACUGUGUCGGAUCUGUGGGAGGUCGGGUUGGACGAGAUGCAAGCCAAGUUCGGAGAAGAGGCUCGGUGGGUUCACAACGUGCUUCGCGGAAUCGACUACAGCGAGGUUCGAGAGCGAGUCAACAACCAGACGAUGCUGGCGAGCAAGUCUGUACGACCAGCCAUCACGAAGCCGGAAGAGGCGAUGCAUUGGUUGGGCAUUCUAUCGACCGAGCUGUCUAUCAGGUUGAGGGAGGCAAGAGAAGAUCGGAUCAAUCUAUGGCCUAAGACGUUGGUGCUCCGGUACAUCCGAGCUGGAUCUGUACCGCGGAGUCGGCAGACGCCGUUCCCGUUCACCAAUCCGAACAAUCAGGAUGAGCUGGCGAAGGUCAUCUUGAAGAAGGGUCACAAGCUGUGGGAGGAGAGCCUGGGCGAUGCGCUCGGGUUAGGCUUGGGAUCGUCUGGAUUUGGAGAGGCAAAAGUGUUGACCAUCGCAUUGGGCUUUGGAGGCUUGGCCGAGGGCGAAGUCGGACAGCGAGGGAUUACAGGGUUCCUUGGAACCGCCGGCAACAACCCAGCCACAACACCGUUCAGCGCAUCCGCUGGAUCAGCGGGAACGACAAGGCAAGCAUCGGAGAGCGAUCUGGGAGAACACUCGUCACCGAAAAAGAAGAAGAAAGGCAAUCGGUUGGAUGACAUGUUCCAGACGCGGACCGAACAGCAACAGUUGCAGGCGCCCAGCACCAAGCACGAGGAGGACUCGAACGAAGUUGGUGACGACGACACUGCAGAAGCAGCAGCUGUCAGCACGCAUCCAGGGACAGAUGUUGCGACGGGCACCGAAACGACAUCGGGAGAGCGGCAGGAUCGGGAAGACGAUCCUCAAUGGCGAUGUCCCGAGUGCUCGCAGCUCAUCUCAGCGCCAUCGGGAUCGGCGUGGUUCGAGCGGCCGUAUCUGGUGGAAAAGCUCAAGGACGAACAUCUUGAUUGGCACUUCGCAGUCUCGCUCUCUCAAGCACCAUCGCGGGCUGUCGUCGAAUCUGCCGCACCGGCGACGCAGCGGCCCGCAGCGUCCGCUACAUCUGCAGGCACGAGCAGCAAGAAGAAGCGCGCGCUGGACAAGUUCUUCGCCCGUCGAUAG